AUGAAAGUAACCGAUAACAUUUGGAUAUUAGUGAAGUCGCAGUGCGAUUUUAAAACACCCAAUGUUUCUUUGAUUUCAAAAGACCAAAGUACAUGCUUUGCUGGUUACACAACCGCAUAUUCUUGUAAAUGUUGCCAAACGUAUUACGAAGAGCUUGACGAUCUUUUAGAUCAUAUGAUACAACAGCAUGUACCCAGGGAGCAUCUUGCAAAUGCAGCUAGUUUUAAAGGCUUAAAUGAUGAAGAAAAGUUGACACUAUCUACUGGUACCAUUGUAGAAGAUAUCCUUUAUGAGUUUAUUAAACGAUAUAUUGUAGACCAUCCGACAUGUUCAAUGAUCCUUGAUUUAAAAGAUAUGACCUAUGCAAACAAAGGGCUAUUUACCAUUAAAGAAAUCGAUGAAAUGAAGAAACAAGCACCAAUGACUAUAACAUCAAGAAUUCCACAAGAUCUUUGUGACUACAUUGAGCACUUCAACUGUGAUAAUAUAAAAGAUCUACGAAGGCGUCUUGCUGAUAUCCAGGAUUGGGAAAAAGAAGAAUACGAUGUGAACAAAUACCAUGAUCUUGACUGGAUUAAGCAUACUAUUCGCUCUUCUACUAGACUCUACCAAUCAGGCAAAUGA